GAGUUUAUCAGGCACAAGUUAGAAGAAGAGCAGCGGCAGUUAGAAAUCCUUCAGCAGCAGUUGCUUCAGGAGCAGGCGCUGCUUAUGGAGUACAAGCGAAAGCAGCUGGAGGAGCAGCGGCAGUCAGAGAGGCUGCAGAGGCAGCUUCAGCAGGAGCAUGCCUACCUGGUGUCUCUGCAGCAACAGCAGCAGGAAAAGAAGCCCCAGCUUUACCACUAUAACAAAAACCUCGAGCCCAACAACAAACCUACCUGGGCCCGAGAGGUGCAGGAGCGAACUAAACUAAACAGGCAGGGGUCACCCAAAAUCUGCACCACAGUGUCUGACACCGCCAUCCAGUCGCGCUCAGACUCCAUCAGUCAAUCGGGAAUGGUCCAGUCUGCACAAACGCCACCGAUGCAGAGGCCCGUAGAACCCCAAGGGGGUCAGGGAAAGUUCCAGAUGGCUCACUUGGUUCCACUGAAGCCUUACGCUGCCCUGUUCCCUCGCUCCCAGUCCCUCUGUGACCAGCCCACUAGAAACAUGUCCGCCUUCCCCACCCAGGAUCCUUCCCCCACACCCCGCCCCAUCCAUUCCAGGGAGCUCGUCCGUCAGAACUCAGAUCCCACCUCUGAAACCCCGGGGCCGCAGUUGCACCAGAUCAGGGAGGACCGUGGCCCCUGGAUCCGCCUGCCGGACGUAGAACUCCCACCCAAGAUUCCCCAGAGAACUGCGUCCAUUGCCACAGCUCUUAACACCAACCUUACCUCUGGCAUUAGGCAUCCUGUAAGAGCCAGUAAUCCAGAUCUCAGCCGCAAUGAUCGCUGGGAGAGAGGAGACAGUAUGAGCAUCAUAUCCGGUCUGCCCCAGACGGGCUCUCUAGAGAGGCAUCGCAUCCUCAGUACCUCCAAAAUGGAUUCACCAAUGCUCUCCCAUGAAAGUCGCCAUAAACCAGGGGAGUCCCGUACAUCCUCUCGUCCUGGGCGACCUGCUAGCUACAAGAGGGCUAUAGGGGAGGACCAUGGCCUCUACGCUAAGGAGCGUGCCGAGGAGCCUCCCCGGCCCCCCGUCAAAGCCAACGAUUACUCCUCAUCUUCAGAGAGCAGCGAGAGUAGUGAAGAAAGCGAGAGUGGCGAGGGACCAGAGGAGGAGGAAAGCCCGACAGAUCGCCACAGAGAUGCAGACAGUGAUUCAGUCAACACCAUGGUGGUUCAUGAGGAUGAGGGCGAGGUGGCAGAGGGAGAGCAAGCUGGAGGAUAUGGGGACCAGACCAUGCUGGUUCAGAGAACCCCAGAGAAGAGGAGCCAUAAUGGAUACACUAACUUGCCAGAUGUGGUGCAGCCCUCCCAUUCUCCCACCGAAUCAACAUCUCACUCCUCUCCAGGAAAAGACUCUGUUUAUGAUUAUCAAUCCAGGGGUUUGGUGAAGGCAUCUGGGAAGUCUUCCUUUACCACCUUCGUGGAUCUCGGCAUGUACCAGUCACCAGGUGGCACAGGGGACAACAUUUCAAUCAGUGGCUCCAGAUUUGAGCAGCUGAAGAUGGAAGUGCGGAAAGGCUCCAUGGUGAAUGUGAAUCCUACCAACACGCGCCCUCCUAACGACACACCCGAGAUCCGCAAGUACAAGAAGAGGUUCAACUCUGAGAUCCUGUGUGCUGCACUUUGGGGUGUGAACCUGUUGGUGGGCACAGAGAACGGCUUAAAGCUGCUGGACCGUAGUGGUCAAGGGAAAGUUUACCCACUCAUUAACUCCCGCCGCUUCCAACAAAUGGAUGUUCUGGAGGGCCUCAACUUGCUCAUCACCAUAUCAGGCAAGAAGAACAAGGUACGUGUCUACUACCUGGCAUGGCUGAGGAAUAAGAUCCUCCACAACGACCCGGAGGUGGAAAAGAAGCAGGGUUGGACCACUGUGGGGGAAAUGGAGGGCUGCGUACACUACAAAGUGGUGAAAUACGAGAGGAUAAAGUUCCUGGUGAUUGCUUUAAAGAAUGCGGUGGAGGUUUAUGCUUGGGCGCCCAAACCUUAUCACAAAUUCAUGGCCUUCAAGUCCUUCGCAGACCUGCCACACAGGCCGGUGCUGGUUGACCUGACGGUAGAAGAGGGCCAGAGGUUGAAGGUCAUCUACGGUUCCUGUGCUGGGUUCCAUGCCAUCGACGUGGACUCUGGCAAUAACUAUGACAUUUACAUCCCUGUUCAUAUCCAAAGCCAAGUGACCCCGCACGCCAUUGUGUUCCUGCCCAACUCCGAUGGCAUGGAGAUGCUGCUUUGCUACGAGGACGAAGGCGUUUACGUCAACACCUACGGGCGCAUCAUAAAGGACGUGGUCCUGCAGUGGGGCGAGAUGCCCACGUCUGUCGCUCAUAUCUGCUCAAACCAGAUUAUGGGCUGGGGUGAAAAGGCCAUUGAGAUCCGCUCUGUAGAGACCGGUCACCUGGACGGGGUCUUCAUGCACAAGAGGGCUCAGAGACUGAAGUUCCUUUGUGAAAGAAAUGACAAGGUGUUCUUUGCUUCGGUGCGUUCAGGAGGCAGCAGCCAGGUGUACUUCAUGACUCUGAACAGAAACUGCAUCAUGAACUGGUGAAGCGGCAGCUGCUUCGGUCCGUGCGUAGAGCCCAGCCGGGUCCGGGGAGCCGAGUGCAGCCGACAUUCUCGCUAGCGCAUGCACACAAUUCCAAGCACUACUCUCUGUUACCCUAAAGCUCCUGCUUACUUACGUGCUCCUACUGCAAAAAAAAAAACAAAAAAACCCGAAGACGUCCACACCUGCCAGAAAAAACCCACCACAGACACAAACUCUAAAUCCAUUCCAGCCUACACACCUUAAGAUGCAGUUUCUACUGAGACCCCCUGGUGACAGUCCCCUUGGAAUCAUCAUCAUCAUCACGAAAAAAGCGCUGAUGAGAUUGAAAUGUCAGCGUCCUCGAUUUAAUUUGGACUGUGUAUAUAAAACCUAGCUUGAUUUUUGUUUUGUUUGUGAAGCCGUCUGCUUUAGUUUGAACUAUUUAGUUUCUAAUUGUGACGUAUGUUAACAUUCCUACGUUUUAAGGAAGGCAUCAUUUUUCAAAAAACUGUGUUCAAAAAUCAAUAGUUUUGCGCCGGAGACUUGGACCAGAAUCAGUUUCAAACCUAAAUUGAAACGCUGAGGAGUCCUUGUACUGUGGUGCAGCAACCUUUAUCUGUUUAGAGAUUCAACAUUUUGAAAUGAAGUUCUUGCUCCAUAUAAGGAUUAAUCGUGAAUUAUUGACAUAUUACAAAGCAAUUAGCAAAGUCUGGGUCAGUAGGCCUGUUUAAAUACUUUAGUUAUUUAUAAACUGUUUUCUGUCACAGCAAUUAGGCCUUGAAUCUUUUAAAUGUAAAAAAUAAAUUUCAGUUCAUUAUUAUUAUUAAAUGAUAAAUCUUACUCAAAGUCUCUGUUUUACAACGCAAACAAAACCAGAACAGAAAAACGUCCCGCUUUAGGUUUCAUCUCUGGCUUUGGUAGAAGAAAAAAAAACAACUUCAUUCAACUUGUAUCCAUCUUUCAUAGGUUUACAAAGUACGCGAAAUUAACUAUUUAUAUGUAGUGGUUCUGUAAUAGUACUAGGCUACUUGUUUUCUUAAUUUUUACUGUACUUCUAAUGCCAUAUUAUUGCAAUAUAUUCUACUUUUGUGGAGUCUUUUUAGGGGGGGAGUUUGUAUGUGGGGCAGCAUGACGAGAGCUUCAGAAGGAGGGGAAAGGACCAGGAAACGAGGGCGAUCAGUGAACUACUCCGCUGUAUCGCGUUUUCGUCCUUAAAGCGUUUUGUUUGCGUGAAUCUGUGUGUGAGCAGAAGAGCAGCUCUUUGUGAAGUAGUUCAGAUCUGUCUUAGGCCAGCAGAACAAUUGAUCUUAGAGGAGACUCUGCAGUUCAGCAGGGUGCUCCAGCUUAUCAGGCACUUUGAGAAACAUGUGGGGGGGGGGACUCUCUAAACAUAAUAUAUUUUCUAGAUUUGCAUUCUGCCAAAGUUCACAGUGCAUGUUGGAAUAUUGGGCGAAUCGAGGCCAAAGAAAGCAGAACCUAAAUGGAAGCUGUGAAUAGAGGAGAAACAACGUUCCCAUAGAUCACUAACCAAUGUUUUCCUCCUAAAAUAUAGAAUUAUUAGUUUGUUUUUUAUAUAUAUCUAUAAAUAAACAGUGUUUGUCAGAGGUUUAGAUGCACAUAGAAAUUCAAAGCUUUUAAUUAUGCAUCUGAACUGUCCGUUUUUCCCAGACUGGAGUAAUGGCGCAAGAUGCAACUGCAAAAUUAUACACAGCGGCUCAAAUGUGGACAUGCAGCCCUACCGGUAGUCGGUGAAUCGUCUUGACUACACGCUUUUUGUAACCCUCACCCGUCUUCUGACUGGAUAUUUGACCACUCUCCUUGGCAGAAUCAGUAGGCUUCAUUUAAACAGGCUGGUUUCUUAAUAAGGAACUAAAUGUUAGCCAUAGUUUACAAAGUUUGUGGUCUGUCGGCCUGUUUAAUGAACCCCAAAGCCAGCUUGGCUCUGUUUGGGAUCCCGUUCCUGUUGGAAGACCCGAUGUUAUCACUUUAACUCCAUCCAGCUGUUGGCCUGAGAUAAAGUUAAAGAAUUUGAAGACACUAACCGCCACUCUAAGCACAUCCAAGCCUGUGUUACAGGGUGUUUUUGUAUAAUUAGCCAGUAAUUAUACAAAAAUUAUACAGUUUUAGCAAUGCUCUAGUGCUCACAUCUAAAUCAGCCAGUUUAAAUGAAUGUUGCUAAUUAUUAUGAGGAAAAAUAGUCAAAUAUCCAGCCAGAAUAAUGCCAGAGCUUAUGUUCUCUGAUGGCUGCAAAGACAAUGGUCUGCUCAUGGUUUUGCUUAACUGUACUGUAUGAGCAAUUCGGUAGGUUUCAAGUGGACAUCUUAAAAUGCCUGAUAUCAAGACAAAGCAGAGAGCUUUUGGGAGGGGGCUUCUGUUCUGCACCAGUUUGAAAACCUUUGGGAAAUUGUGAAGGAAGCCUGAUUAGUAAUCAGUGGGAAACUUCUGCUAAAGCUUUGCCCUUCAAGCUCAGAUGUACUGUCGUUAAGAAAGCUAUAAAGACUGCAGGACUUGUUUGACUUAAAGUUAAGAUUAAUAUUAUAUAAAUAGAUGAUUUAUUGUACAGGAAGAAUUUUUAAAUGGACACGCGGAGCACUUUCUCUUCAGUUUGCAAACAGAUAUUUGUAUAUCUAACACACAUACUUCAGUGUGCAUGUAAGCCAUUGCAAUAGAUUGUAUAGAACUGUAUGAAAACUUGUCCUCCCCCGAACCCUGACCCCUGUCUCUUCUGUGCCAUGGCCUGCACUGCAAAUCUACAAUACACAAAGAGCUCUGGCACUUUUUGUUUCCUGCUUUCAAUCAGUCUGCCAUCGUGUUUACAGUUAAAGCAGUGCCUUGGAGUAGGGAAAGUGAGAUGUUUAAGAAAAAAAAAUAAAAAAAAUUAGCCCAGUCCCUUGUCUAUUACUUGAAAAUCCAAAAAGCAGAGAGACAAUACUUUAUGAUUAAUAUCCGGUGCCAGUUAAGUGCACUUAAAUAAAAAAAAACAUCGAUGACGACAACAAAAAAAUAUCAAGAAUGUCCCCUAGGUGAACCUGACUUGCCUUCUUGGCACCAAAAUCACCUCCAAAUGAUACAUAGCGUGUCCAAUCAGAAAGUGGCAAUAACAAAUGGGUUAUCACACGUUCGUUAAGCCUGAUGCAACGUGUGGUGGAUUCCCCCCCGCAGUGGGAGCCAGCAUAGAGAAUAGCCAUGUGUAUGAAACCAGUUAGUAGAGAAAACCCUUGGUUUUUGCACACUCAUCCAAUGAGACUGUGUGUGUGUGUGUGUGUGUGUGUGUGUGUGUGCGUGUGUACGCUGGUGUGUGUGCGUGUCCUCAGAUGAUACUUUAGGUUCAUGCUGCACAGAUCAAAUGCUUAUUCAUCGGUGAUGUUGAUUGUGUAACCUUGUAGUGGGGAGAGUAGCUUGUUAUAUUCUGAGAAACCUAUUUUAUAAAAUUUGUAAAUUAGUAUUAUUAUUAUUAAGAAAUAAUGGUGAAUGUACAUCUAUACCGCAGGUUUGUAUUUGUAUAAAAAUGUGUUUCACAUUAUUAUUCUAAGCACAAUAUAUUUUAAGACGGAGGGAUCAUUGUGCAAUUUAGCUUAACAAAAAUGGAGACUAAUACCCCCCCCUCCUUCUCUGCCAUAGGCUUUGUCAGCAUGAAAUCAGAUAAAAUACUUGGUAACCAUUGGAAAAGCUUUCAGCUGUUGCACCACGUCAGCUCUUAAAGCGACGUACACGUUUAUAUGGCCUCUAGUUGUCAAUAAGCCGCGCGGGGCUGACGGGCUGUUAAUAUUCUCAGGUGAUCGUCGUAAAGGAAGAGCAGCGGUGACUUUAGCCUCUUAACAGGAACUGCAAUCAAUAGGGAAAGGUGCAUUAAGCCACUUGCUAGAGAAUUAUUCUUGUAUAAGUUUUACUCAUCAAAAAUCUGUGAAAACAUUAAGGCCAGUUCAGUCCAAUAAACUGUGAUGCGAUGUCUCUUGAGUCGGUUAAUGCUGGUCUGAGAACAUGGCAAGAAACCAUGGAACUCCCAAGGAAACAGGAUCUCAGACCAAAACCUCUGUCGGACCUUCAGUAGUGCACGUUUCAUUGAAUGGAAGCUCUUUUAAGGCAAAACUCUUACUAUUAAAAGAAAUCAUCUGCAUUUGGUUAAAAAUUCAAAUAAAACCUCUAAAUUUAAUCAGAACUGCAUGUGUAAUAUUUGCAAACGCUGAACGUUUGUUAUUGAGGUCUAUAAAAGUAGGGUCCGGUGUUUUUAAAGCAAGACGACGGCAUUGAAAGACCCAAGUGGCUCAACAUCAAAUAAAUCCGAAGGCUGGCUUAUUACGACAUUAUAGCUAGAGAUGCACUGAUCAGUUUUCCUGGCUCAUGCUGAUUUCGGAUUCUUGUUGUUUUUUUUUUUUUUUCAUGUUUUUGCCUGCCGAUGAUAAUUUUUGACAUUAUGUAGAUAUGUUUCGAUUUUAAGGACUAUUAAAAUGGAGUGGAAGUUCGCAAUAGAAACGGUAGUCUUGAAGUACAAAUUGAAGGAAUUUAAAGCAUUUGUCCUUUAGCUUUAUUAUUUUCUCACCUAAAAAUGUACAUCAAAAGUACAUACUGUCAAAUCAUUUUUAGUUUAGAUGCAUUUAGUUAUUGGGCGGAAGAAUAAAAUUGAUGUUUAGUAUUUUUCUGCCAAUCACCCAAGAGAGGCGACGAAGGGAAAAUUAACAGAUUCUGAUCUUUGGCAGGUUAAUUUGUGUAUCUCUAACUAUGAGAAACUAUCUUUUGUAAUAGUAAUUCCUUAACUGCUUUAAUAAAAAAAAAAAAAAAGCACCUUAACGUGUGAAAGUUUUGUUCAGGUUUUCAUUAAGCACCAAUCACACACCUGAACAUAAACAGACAAACCUGUGAGAAGAUUCACCUUGCCGUUUAGGUUUCAUCCGUUUUGUUCCCGAAACUGCGUGACUGCCUGGAUUCUACGCCAGAAUGCGUAGAACCCAGCAGGGUCUGGAGAGGCACCGAGGAGUUAUUAAAAGAAAUAAAAUAAAAAUAAAGUAAAAGAGCUGUAUGGAGAGACGCCGAUGCCUCUGCUUGAUGAGCAAUAUCUCUACAAAUCAAAACACUGACUGUCCGUCUUUGUGUGGCUUGCAGGUUGUAAGUCUUCAGUGGCCUUUGGCAGAAUAAAUGUAGACUAGGUUGUUUUUUUGUUGUUGUUGUUAUAAAACCAUUUAUCUCAUAUAUUUAAGUGCUAGAAACAACAGCUCCUCUCUGUCAGCUGAACACAAAUCACCUUCUGGGAAACUUAAAAUGCUGAAAUGUCAGAAACUGCCUUUAUGGUCAGGUAGGAAAUGAUGCAUAGAAACCUAGUAAUAAUCUGAUGAGGCACUUCUAAUUUUUUUUUUUUUUUUUUUUUUUUGGUGUGGCGUGUGUGAAUGGUAUUGCCAGAUCAUACUCACGAUCUUUAGACAGAACUAUAAUAUCAUUAUUCUUUGUCAAUAACUUGAUUUUUAACAUUUUUGCAACGUUUUAAUGUGCCCACAUCUGUGUUACUUGUGAGAGGUUAACUUCAGAUUGUAUUUCAUAGACCUAUAAACUUUAAACUUUCAAGAGAUUGUGCUGAUUGAAUUUAUGUCUUAAUACAGGUUGUUUGAAAAAUAAAAUCUUGAUCUCA